UGCAUGUUGAUGAACAGUGGACCUUCAAAAAAGGCUUUAUUUAACGAUUUCUUUAAUUAUUAAUGGCAUUUUACAAUGGAUCUUUGAAGGAAGCAAUACAAGACGGGAAAUAAUCAAAAAAUGAUCUCUCAAUGGACUUGGAAUUGGUCAAAAAAAAUCUACAAAAUGAAAAUACAUUUUACGUUAUGAGAGAGAAAUUUUUUGUGUCGACUGGCAAUUCCUCUUCAUCAAUUUUAAUUUAACGUAUUUCAAGAUGAUCAUUCGCCGCAAUUCUUUUAUAGCAAUCUUUUUAUAUCUGUUUGCCUUUGUUGGGAUGGUUUACAUUUCCUUCGUCAAACUAAACACCGAGUGUGACUGCAGUAGAAAUGUAGCCAAAUCACCAAGAAAUGUUCAACAAAUACUAGAACCUGAUACACACAUUGAAAAUCCAAGUCCCACUAAAGUACAAGAAUCAAAGACUGUGGUAUCUGAAAAAGAGAAGUCUUCUAAAGAAGAUGAAGAUGAGAAUUCCUGGGGACCUCAUGUUCUUGGUGUUGUAGUUCCAUACAGAAACAGAUUUGAGGAACUAUUGCGCUUUGCACCUCAUAUGCAUAAAUUUCUCAAUGAGAAGAAAAUUAGGCACAAAAUUUAUAUUUCAAAUCAAGUUGACAAAUACAGAUUUAACCGUGCUAGUCUACUUAAUGUUGGAUUCCUAGCAGCAAGAAAAGACAACUGUGAUUAUAUUGUCAUGCAUGAUGUCGAUCUGUUACCACUGAACAACAAACUGUUUUAUGGUUUUCCUGAAAAAGGACCAUUUCACAUAUCAGCUCCUCAUCUUCAUCCUAAAUACCAUUAUCGUACUUUUGUUGGGGGCAUAUUAAUGAUGUCAGUUGAGCAUUUUGAGAAGGUCAAUGGGUUAUCAAACAAGUUCUGGGGCUGGGGACGGGAAGACGAUGAACUYUACCAACGAAUAAUGUCAGCUGGUCUUACAAUAUACAGACAUAGCAAGAAGAGCAUCACUACAGGGUAUAACACAUUUGAGCAUGAUCACGACCCUAAAGUUCGACCUAGAGAUUACAGUCGAGUGUUUGGUCAAAGAGCGGCAUCAUUCAAAAGGGACAAGAAAACAGGAAUUGAUAAUAUCGAGUACGAGAUAACAAGUAGAAAAGAAAUGACAAUUGAUGGAGCUCCGCUGACCAUCUUGAAUGUAGAACUAGAAUGCGACAUUGAUGAAACACCUUGGUGUCAAGAAGUCAAGAAAAAGAAAAGCUGACGAACRUUAUAGACCAAAUUAAAUAUUGAAAAUUAUUUUAUAUGUAAUAUUAUUAGUAUCAUAAAGUAAUGUAGUUUAAUAGAGUUUUCUUCAYAGACUAUUUAGACAUAUUAUAUAUUAAAUGAUAUUUUUCUCAUUUCUGCAGUAAAGACAAUGAAUGAAAAUAUACCUUGUUUUAAAAUAUUGAAAGAUUUUAUCAAAGUGUCAGCUUCCUGGAGCUUGGUCCCAGAGGCUCAAUUUGUUUCACUUCAGUAAGGGAAGAAUGCAGUUUAGCCUCUGGAACCACAAGGGGAGAAUCCUGCAGCAGGCUUUCUCUGUUUACAAUAAAUGUAAACUAAUGCCUCACAUGCUCGAAGGACUUUAACAGCAAACAGUAUUUUUCCAUCAUCAAAAGAAAAAUUAACAAAAUG